CCGGCCUCGGCGCUCUGUGCGGAUCACAGCGCCUCACAGCGGUCACCGCGCUCGCAAGAGGUACUGCGCUUCUUCCUUGCCAUAGCUGCCGUUCCUUUCUCUCUCUCCCUUGCGUGUCUGAUGGGAAGUCUGGAAUUCCCUCCGGUAUUCGUUGCUUGUCAAGUCGGCAGCUGUCUGACACGGCAGGCAUUUGUAUAUACUCCAAGAAAGCAGAACAGUGCUUGCAAGAGCAUCCAUUCGCAGCAGUGGUCCGGUCCUCGAUUGGAUUGGCCGUCACCAUAGAUACGGGCGAUGCUGUAUGAUCCAAGAGUGGUGCUCUGCCAUCGGAGGUGUUGGUUUGCUAUUCAUGCUGAGUUGUGCUGCUUCAGCUCCAUUGCCGUCCUGGUCAUUUGAAGAACAGCUUCAGAAAUCCAUGAUGAUGUCCUAUCUUGAGGAUGAGCUGCUUGCUCGCGCGCUCAUCGCCCUCCGCAGGGUACAACUCGCGAAGUGCACCGCACACGGUUUAUCAUCGUGUGGCGAUCUGCAGUGGCUGUUUUUCUUUCCGCUUUCCUUCUUCCAUUCUUUCAGAGUGUUUUAUGCAUACUCCUCAUCCGAGUCUCCGUCGCCAUCCCUCUUUUGCGGAGUUCGAAGAAGCGGUGAGGCGAUGGGGAAGCCGGGGCUUGGCAAGCGCGUUUGGCGGGGAUCGAGGGCAGGAACGCUCGAGUACUCGAGUACUCGAUGGCGACGGGGUUUUCGACACUACAGCUUCUUUUGCAUUGCGCUGAGUGCUUUGAGAAGCUGCAGCGUUAUUUUUGCCGUCAAAUUUGGGCGUGAAUCGUUGGUGUCGGGGAAGUGCGGCGCGAAAAUUCCUGGCUUCAGAGUGGCACCGUUCACUCGAUCCUCAACAGAGCGAGUCCACGGCUCACAUGAGGCUUCCUUAUGCGUUCAGAAUGCUCUGAGAACGGCCUUCACUCCGUGCUCAUCGUUGCUCGUGCCGCUUGGGUGGGAACGUGAAAGCCGGCGCUUCACGCGCGAUGCAGCUGAUUUACUCGCUCGACCGGCAGAACUACCAUCCCAGGCAAAUGCCGAGCGCAGAUCACGCUGAGGAGCAUGAAAAGCAUCUGCAGAAGCUUAUCGUCGCGUUAUUCGAGGGCGCGACCUCGCUGUCGCGAGAACU